AACUCAGAGGUGGCGUGGAAGAAACAUCUACAGCGGCCACGAGCCGAGCCUGCUGUCUCCCCAUCUUCUUACUCACAUUUACCAUCUGAAGUGGAGGUUUGGUGCAUCAGAAAUAAUCACAGACGGCUUGAGUUACUAAUCUGCGUCGAAAAGCGUGGGAAAAGCACAUCGCUGCCAUCUUGGUGAGGAAGAGAGCGGUUAGCAUCCAGGCAGAGGGACGUUGCUGGAACAGAAAUUAAUCUGAAACAAACAUGGACCUCGAUCUCUUGUGUGCCAAGAAACACUGUGGACCAAAUAGAAGAGCUGCUCUGCAUGCUCUGAGAAGGAAGCGGUGGUACGAGAAACAUCAGCGGUAUGUUGACCAUGCUGUUCAGGCCACAAGAGCCGCUUCCAAAAACAGGGAAAUGACUGAAGUGAACAACAUGAUAAAGGGCAUCAAACUGGAAGAUGACAUGUCCGAGGUGUCAGGCAAUCUCUACAAGUCUGAAAACCAGGAGGUGGAGCAGGUCGAAUUUGUUGAGGAUGAGCUGCUGGCAGAGCUGGAGAGACUUAAAAAAACUCUGGAUGAGAGCCUCUUGGAGGCCAGCAGAAAAGAGGACAAAGUCUAUCCUUCUCCAGUGUUGUCCUCGGCUUCACCUUCUCAUCCUGGCGCUAUGGAAGAAGAUGAGGGAGAAAGCGAGGGUGAGGAUGGGGUUCAAGACGGGGCUGAAGACAAGGAUGAGGAUGACGAUGACGAUGAAGAGGACUUGGAGUACCUUCGCCGUUGGGCGAGUGAAUCCUUGUAAUCCCAACAUCAGGCUCAAGUCGCCGGCUGUUAAAACUAGGAGGAAAGCACAGGACAGAAUAAACAAAAAUCUGUUCAUUCUGUUCUUCAUGAGCCUUUUAUCUUUCCCCUGAAUGUUUGACCAAUUCUGGCCUCUUAGGUGAAGUGAUUUCAAAUCCUUGAUCUGAUGUUUUUAGAUGUAUUUUAGCUUUUUAAUGCGCCAUAAUCCCGGCAACUACUCAUAAAUCCUGCGCUGAUGGAACUGGAUGCAUUAGUUGCAAUUGUAAACUUGUAAAGUUGAUUCUCAUGUUCAGUGUUGAUGCUCAUCCGUUUUUGUCGGCUUUCUUACUCAAGAGUCGUUGUUUCAGGUAUUUUGUCAAGAAAUAAAAGCCAUGACUUGA